AAAGUUUGGUACCCGCUGGUGUUUUACACCCGGCGGAAGUGACGUUGAAAGGGACGAAUGCGUGUUCACAGAAAGCGAUAUGGAACGAGACAGGAAGUUACUGUGGAGGAAGAAACCAGGUGGCGGGAAUAAAUGAGUCGUCCAGCGAGGUUACAACAGCUUUCUACAAGUUAGCGUUGCUGGAACAGGCCAGGCAUGAGUGGUGCACACCUGGACGAGUGGCAGAGAAGGUCCUUUGACAUUUCAUCUGGCAACUGUACACCUGAACAGACGGCAGAUUCCUACCGGGCCCACAUCCUCUCCAUUCAGUAUGCAUGGGCAAGCUCCCAGCUCUCUCAGGCCGGCAUGGCCAGCCUGCUCAGGACCUACUCUGAGCGCUACGCCGCAGUGCUGGACUCAGAUGACCCCCGCACAGGGCUUAACAACUAUGCAGAGAGCGCACUGCAUCUGGCCCGCAAUCAGAGGAACCACAGCGAAAAAUGGGAGUCCUCUCUCACCAUGGAGAGUGUGCUGGAGUUGCCCUGCGUGCAGAAGAUGAUUCAGGCAGGGACAGGGGGAGGAGGCUCCCUGGUGGCACCAGCAGAUGUUAACAUAUCUGUUGGACAAGAGAGCAGAGUCAGCUCCCUGUCCGCUUCCCUUACUGGAGUCAGGUCAGAGGGUGCGUUCUUCAAACCCGCAGGACCACCACAGCCUAAAACAGAGUUUAACAACACUGCCAGUAAUCCUGCUCCUGCUAAUAUUCCUACAGAGAGGCCAAGAGGCUCUGAGGAGAUCUCAGGAAAUCCCAACUCAUUCUCCCGACCUCCAGCCCGAGCACAGUCUGUGUUUGGUCAUCCCUCCUCAGUUCCCCCACAGUGCAACCCUGGCUCUGCAGGCAGCACACAAAACUAUCAGUCCUCCUUCUUCCCCACCUCCCAUCCAUCUAAGAGGAAGAACUUUUACAACUCAGAUGGAGGUGAUGGUGGCAGGGGCCCACAUGGCGGUCAAGCAGGCCCUGACCCGAGAGCUGGAAGUAACUUUAAAACAGCUCACGAGCAGUUUAUAAUUGAGCAACAGAAAAAACAUUCCCAUCAGCCCCAGAGAGGUCAGACCCCUGGGAUGGCAGCAAGUGUGAAGAAAUCCCUCGGCGCCAACAGGCCUCGAGGUACGUUUUCUAAAUUUGUGUCACCUGUACCACGACAAGAGGAGGAAGAGAGCGGGGCACGACACAGUUCUAAUCAGGAACCCCAGAUUCUAGAUGAGCGCCUGAAAAACUUUGAGCCAAAGAUCGUGGAGCUGAUCAUGAGUGAGAUCAUGGACCAUGGGCCUCCUGUGAUCUGGGACGACAUAGCAGGCCUGGAGUUUGCUAAGACUACCAUAAAGGAGAUUGUGGUUUGGCCCAUGCUGCGACCCGACAUCUUUACUGGCCUCCGUGGUCCACCCAAAGGCAUCCUGCUGUUUGGACCCCCAGGGACCGGGAAAACCCUGAUAGGAAAAUGCAUAGCAUGCCAGUCAGGUGCCACAUUCUUUAGCAUCAGCGCUUCAUCACUCACAUCCAAGUGGGUCGGUGAAGGAGAAAAAAUGGUGCGAGCCCUGUUUGCCAUCGCCCGCUGCCACCAGCCUGCUGUCAUCUUCAUCGAUGAAAUUGACUCACUGUUGUCCCAGCGGACAGACGGGGAGCACGACUCGUCACGCAGGAUCAAGACAGAGUUUCUGGUUCAGCUGGAUGGGGCGGCCACAGCGGCUGAGGACCGCAUCCUGGUGGUGGGCGCCACUAACCGGCCUCAGGAGAUAGACGAGGCCGCCCGGCGACGCCUGGCAAAGAGGUUAUACAUCCCCCUGCCCGAAGGAGCCGCGCGACGGCAGAUAGUCACUAACCUCAUGGCUCGAGAGAAGAACCUGCUGAGGGAGGAAGAACUGGAGAGAGUGAUGGCGGCGACCGAGGGCUUCUCCGGAGCUGAUAUGACUCAGCUGUGUCGAGAGGCAGCCCUGGGGCCCAUCCGCAGCAUCCAGCUCAACGACAUCGCCACUAUCACCGCAGAUCAGGUGCGCCCAAUCCUCUACAGUGACUUCCAGGAGGCCUUGAAGACUGUACGACCCAGCGUCUCAUCUAAAGACUUAGAGCUGUAUGAAGAGUGGAAUAAGACUUUUGGAUGUGGACGAUGAUGUCAGUUCAUCUUCUGUCUCGGUUGAACUGAUUAUAUAUGAAACUGAAAACAUUUCUGCUGUAGAGAAAACUAAAGAUGUUGAAUAUUUUCCUUGUUGCAACAAAGUAAAGGUGAAACAGUCGAUUGACGGGAAAGUAAUUGACAACUCUUUAAUCAGUCGAUUGUUUUAGUCAUUUUUGAAGCAUAAAUCCUAAACAUUUCUGUUUCUAGUUGCUACAAUGUGAGAAUUUGCUGCUGCUCUCUGUCAUAUAUGAUAGUAAGCUGAAUAUCUGUGGGGGGGGUUUUUGUUGGUGAGACAAAAAAAGACAUCUGAGAAUGGACAUUAUAAACUAUUUUAUGUCAUUUUAUUGACACUUUAAUCUGUAAUGAAAAUAGUCAUUAGUACACACACACACACUCACACUCACACACACACACACAGACACAGACAACAUAGCAGAAGUACUUUUCACUACACACAAGGCUUCACAAAGAUGGUUUUCUAGGGGGAUUUACAACCACCCUGAUUUUUCACACAAGUUAAUAAUAGAACAAUGUGUUACUAUAAUUUCUGAAUUGCAGCCGUUUAUAUGUAAUCUUUGUGUUGAGUGUGAGACUGAAAGAGAUUUUCUGUUUGACAAUGUUAUGGAGAAAUAGUUUUGCAAUUUGUUUCAAUUAUGCAUACUUUUUCUUUCAAGAGUUUGUAAUAUCCAGACUGUCUCACUGUUACUUUGGAAUUUGGUUGUGAGCGUCUGGCACCAUGUUGUGUAAAUGUUACUGUAUGAAGUUAUUUCUAAAUUGCGUUCCAGAUGAAGUGAUGAUCUCUGUUCCCUUUUGUAUUACUGUAAAUGUCAACAUUAAUGCCCAGAGACACUCUCACCUAUAUCAUUUGUUAAGCUUUGUAUUGUCCUUUAUUGUGUUACUGUUUUUCUAAUAAAAUACAUUUUGUUAAAUAAGUUA